AUGGCGACGUACAGGGUUUUCGAUUCUCUUGCCCCACACGAGGCUACUCAGCGCCGGCGUGUGGCGACCUUCAAUUCUGGUGCUGAGGCUCGGCUCGAUGGAUACCUUCGGAACAAGGAUGAUGGCGGCAUCAAAGUCAUUCUUGAGACAAAACGCGGACUCCGUCAUUUCCACGAGCCCCAGGGCUCAACAUUCAAUGCAGGAAGCUGCUGA